AUGUCUGCAGACGACGGAAGCCGGCCCAAAGUCCUGCGGCUGGGUGUCAUUGUACACGCACAUUCAGCCUGGGCCUCCGUCGAGGAGAUUGCCGACGUCCUCACACCCAAGUCAACCAAUCCAUACCGCACAUUUGACAGCUUCGAAGUGACGGGAAAGAUUGACGGCGAGCUCCUCGACGCGCUCCCUGGCUCACUCCGCUUCAUCUGCCACAACGGCGCCGGCUACGACCAAGUGGACGUCCAUGCCUGCACUACCCACAACAUCAGCGUGUCCAACACACCGACGGCCGUCGACGAUGCGACGGCUGAUAUUGGCAUCUUUCUGCUCCUGGGCACGCUCCGGAACCUAGCCGUGGGCAUGGCGGCCAUUCGAGCGGGGGAAUGGCGGGGGUCGACCCUCCCGGCUCUGGGGCACGACCCCCAGGGCAAGGUCCUCGGGGUUCUUGGGAUGGGUGGUAUCGGCCGUAACAUGGCGGCGAAAGCGCGGGCAUUCGGCAUGAAGAUUCGAUACCACAACCGCACGAGGCUAGAGUCCGACAUCGAGACGGAACUCGGGGCGGAAUACGUCGGCUUCGAGGAGCUGUUGGCGGAGAGUGAUGUCCUGAGUUUGAACCUGCCCCUGAAUGCAAAUACCCAGCACAUCAUAUCUCAAAAAGAGUUCGCCAAGAUGAAAAAGGGCAUCGUGAUUGUCAACACGGCACGAGGCGCCGUGAUAGACGAGGCGGCGCUUGUGGAGGCUCUGGAUUCGGGGCAAGUCAGCUCGGCAGGCCUCGAUGUCUAUGAGCAGGAGCCCUCUGUUCACCCUGGCCUGCUCUCCAACCCCCGGGUCCUCCUCGUUCCGCACAUGGGCACCUGGACGGUCGAAACGGAAACCAAGAUGGAGGAGUGGGCUAUCAGCAACGUCCGAAUGGCUAUCGAGGAGGGGCGGCUUCGAAGUAUGGUCCCGGAGCAGCGAGAUAUGCGAGGAUAG